AGCCCCAGUCUGGCCCCAGGCAGCCCCAGCAAAGCCGCCCUCAGCCAGCCCAGAAGCACUGCGCCUCAGCAACACCCACUGAGCACGCUGGGAGCUGAGUAUGGCGGCCCUGGUCCCGCUGGAGCUGGGGCUACUGCUGUCUGUGCUGGUGGUGACAGCGACGGCGUCCCCGUCUGCUGGUCUGCUGAGCCUGCUUACCUCUGGCCGGGGCACUCUGGAUCAAGAGGCACUGGGCGGCCUGUUAAAUACGCUGGCGGACCGUGUGCACUGCGCCAACGGGCCGUGUGGAAAGUGCCUGUCUGUGGAGGAUGCCCUGGGCCUGGGUGAGCCCCCGGGUCCAGUCCUGGAGACUGGGUAUAUCGCCCGCCUCAGUGCGGCUGCCGCCCUGUACCUCAGCAACCCCGAGGGCACAUGUGAGGACGCUCGGGCUGGCGGCUGGGCCUCUCAUGCGGAUGACCUCCUGGCCCAACUCGAAAGCCCUGAGGACCUGAUCCUGGGCCUGAGCAGGCUGCUGCAGAAGGUGCAGGCCCGGGCUGCUGGCCCCGCCCUCAAGACGGCCUGUGUAGAUAUCCCGCAGCUGCUGGAGGAGGCCACGGAGGCGGGGGCUCCAGGCAGUGCUGGGGGCGUCCUGGCUGCCCUGCUGGACCACGUCAGGAGCGGGUCUUGCUUCCGCGCCUUGCCCAGCCCUCAGUACUUUGUGGACUUUGUGUUCCAGCAACAUGGCAGUGAGGCCCCUAUCAUGCUGGCCGAGCUGUCGGCCUUGAUGCGGCGCCUGGGGGUGGGCAGGGAGGCCCAUGGCGACCACAGUCGUCAGCACAGGAGGGCCAGCGGCCAGGACCCUGUGCCCCGCUCUACAUCCAACGGCAGCUCCAGUGUGUGGGACACGGUAUGCCUGAGCGCCAGGGACGUGAUGGCUGUGUAUGGACUGUCGGAGGAGGCAGGGGUGACCCCGGAGGCCUGGGCCCAACUGAGCCCUGCUCUGCUCCAACAGCAGCUGAGUGGGGCCUGCACCUCCCAGCACGGGCCCCCCAUCCAGGACCAGCUCAGCCAGGCAGAGAGAUAUCUGUACGGCUCCCUAGCCACACUGCUCAUCUGCCUCUGUGCUGUUUUUGGCCUCCUGCUGCUGACCUGCACUGGCUGCAGGGGGGUCACCCACUAUGUCCUGCAGACCUUCCUGAGCCUGGCGGUGGGUGCACUCACCGGGGAUGCUCUCCUGCAUCUGAUGCCCAAGGUGCUGGGGCUGCACACACACAGUGAAGAGGGCCUCAGCCCACAGCCCACCUGGCACCUUCUGGCCAUGCUGGCCGGGCUCUACGCCUUCUUCCUGUUUGAGAACCUCUUCAACCUCCUGCUGCCCAGGGACGCAGAGGACAUGGAGAACAGGCCCUGCAGCCACAGCAGCCACAACCACGGUGGCCACAGCCACGGCAUUUCCCUGCAGCUGGCACCCAGCGAGCUCCGGCAGCCCAAGCCACCUCACGAGGGCUCUCGCGCAGACCUGGUGGCGGAGGAGAGCCCGGAGCUGCUGAACACGGAGCCCCGGAGACGGAGCCCAGAGUUGAGGCUGCUGCCCUAUGUGAUCACGCUGGGCGACGCCGUGCACAACUUCGCCGACGGGCUGGCCGUGGGCGCCGCCUUCGCGUCCUCCUGGAAGACCGGGCUGGCCACGUCGCUGGCCGUGUUCUGCCACGAGCUGCCACACGAGCUGGGGGACUUCGCGGCCUUGCUGCACGUGGGGCUGUCCGUGCGCCAAGCGCUGCUGCUGAACCUGGCCUCCGCGCUCACGGCCUUCGCCGGUCUCUACGUGGCACUCGCGGUCGGAGUCGGCGAGGAGAGUGAGGCCUGGAUCCUGGCGGUGGCCACCGGCCUGUUCCUCUACGUGGCGCUCUGUGACAUGCUCCCGGCCAUGUUGAAAGUGCGGGACCCGCGGCCUUGGCUCCUCUUCCUGCUGCACAACGUGGGCCUGCUGGGCGGCUGGACCGUCCUGCUGUUGCUGUCUCUGUACGAAGAUGACAUCACCCUCUGAUACCCUGCCCUAGUCCCUGGCCUUUGACUCAAGACCCCACACCCCACAAACCUACAGCCCAGAAGCCAGGGCCCCUAUAGAGGCCCCAGUCCCAACUUCAAUAAAGACACUCUCAUCCUUGGA